AUGAUCACAGUCAACCCCGAUGGGAAGAUAAUGGUCAGAAGAUGCCUGGUCACCCUGAGACCCUUUCGGCUUUUUGUCCUGGGCAUUGGCUUCUUCUCGCUCUGCUUCCUGAUGACAUCUCUGGGAGGCCAGUUCUCGGCCCGGCGCCCAGGGGACUCCCCCUUCACCAUCCGCACAGAAGUGAUGGGCGGGCCAGAGUCCCGUGGUGUCCUCCGGAAGAUGAGUGACCUGCUGGAGCUGAUGGUGAAGCGCAUGGACACGCUGGCCAGACUGGAGAACAGCAGCGAGCUGCACCGGGCUGCUGGCAAUGGGCAUUUUGCCGCGGACAGGCUCUCUGCCGGGACUGGCCUCAUGGAGCGGAUCCAGGCCAUCGCCCAGAACGUCUCGGACAUCGCUGUGAAGGUGGACCAGAUCCUGCGCCACAGCCUGCUCCUGCAUAGCAAGGUGUCUGAAGGCCGGCGGGACCAGUGUGAGGCGCCCAGUGACCCCAAGUUCCCUGACUGCUCAGGGAAGGUGGAGUGGAUGCGUGCCCGCUGGACCUCUGACCCUUGCUACGCCUUCUUCGGGGUGGACGGCACCGAGUGUUCCUUCCUCAUCUACCUCAGUGAGGUCGAGUGGUUCUGCCCCCCACUGCCCUGGAGGAACCAGACGGCCACCCAGAGGGCUCCCAAGCCCCUCCCCAAAGUCCAGGCAGUUUUCCGGAGCAAUCUGUCCCACCUCCUGGAGCUGAUGGGCAGUGGGAAGGAAUCGCUAAUCUUCAUGAAGAAACGCACCAAGCGGUUCACGGCCCAGUGGGCACUGGCCGCCCAGCGGCUGGCGCAGAAACUAGGGGGCGUCCGGAGGGACCAGAAGCAGAUCCUCGUCCACAUUGGCUUCCUGACGGAGGAGUCGGGGGACGUGUUCAGCCCGCGGGUGCUGAAGGGCGGGCCUCUGGGGGAGAUGGUGCAGUGGGCAGACAUCCUGGCUGCUCUCUAUGUCCUGGGCCACGGCCUCCGGAUCACAGUGUCCCUGAAGGAGCUGCAGAGUAACUUAGGGGUGCCGCCAGGCCGGGGGAACUGCCCGCUCACCAUGCCACUGCCGUUCGACCUCAUCUACACAGACUACCACGGCCUGCAGCAGAUGAGGCAGCACAUGGGACUCUCCUUCAGGAAGUACCGGUGCCGCAUUCGGGUCAUCGACACCUUUGGGACUGAACCUGCGUACAACCAUGAAGAAUACGCCACGCUGCAUGGCUACCGGACCAACUGGGGCUACUGGAACCUCAACCCCAAGCAGUUCAUGACCAUGUUCCCUCACACCCCGGACAACUCCUUCAUGGGCUUCGUGUCCGAGGAGCUUAACGAGACAGAGAAGCAGCUCAUCAAAGAUGGCAAGGCCAGCAACAUGGCGGUGGUGUACGGCAAGGAGGCGAGUAUCUGGAAGCUCCAGGGGAAGGAGAAGUUCCUGAGCAUUCUGAACAAGUACAUGGAGAUCCACGGCACUGUGUACUAUGAGAGCCAGCGGCCCCCCGAAGUCCCGGCCUUUGUGAAGAACCAUGGCCUCCUGCCGCAGCCUGAGUUCCAGCAGCUGCUGCGCAAGGCCAAACUCUUCAUAGGGUUUGGCUUUCCCUAUGAGGGCCCUGCCCCCCUGGAGGCCAUCGCCAAUGGCUGUGUCUUCCUGCAGUCCCGGUUCAGCCCACCCCACAGCUCCCUCAACCACGAGUUCUUCCGGGGCAAGCCCACCUCCAGAGAGGUGUUUUCCCAGCAUCCCUAUGCAGAGAACUUCAUUGGCAAGCCCCACGUGUGGACCGUCGACUACAACAACUCAGAGGAGUUUGAAGCAGCCAUUCAGGCCAUCAUGACAACCCAGGUGGACCCCUACCUGCCCUACGAGUACACGUGUGAGGGGAUGCUGGAGCGAAUCCAUGCCUACAUCCAGCACCAGGACUUCUGUGCAUCCCCGGGUCCUGCCCCACCUGGGGCCCGAGCCCCGCAGAGCCCUUUCAUCCUGGCUCCCAACGCCACCCACCUGGAAUGGACCCGCAACGCCAGCUUGGCCCUGGGGGCCUGGCCCCCAGCGCACUCCCUCCGGGCCUGGCUGGCUGCCGCGGGGAGGGCCUGCACAGACGCCUGCCUGGACCACGGGCUGAUCUGCGAGCCCUCCUUCUUCCCCUUCCUCAACAGCCAGGACGCCUUCCAGAAGCUGCAGGUGCCCUGUGACGGCAUUGAGUCAGAGAUGAACCACCUGUACCCGGCCUUCGCCCAGCCCGGCCAGGAGUGCUUCCUGCAGAAGGAACCUCUGCUCUUCAGCUGCGCUGGCUCCAGCACGAAAUAUCGGCGGCUCUGCCCCUGCCGAGACUUCCGCAAGGGCCAGGUGGCCUUGUGCCAGGACUGUCUGUGAGGGUGACCACCCGGCUGGCCCUCCCCACUGCAGGAGAAAGCACCAGCAAAUUCCGAGCUCCAGUGACCCUCCUUCCCCUUGAUGCCCCUGAACUGAAGCCUUCUUCCUUGACUGGGACGUGGGCAGGACAGAUUGGUGCGUAGGUCUAAGGAGGGGGGAGACUCUGCCAAGCACCUGGUGCCUGCCCUAGGCAGGCUCCUCAUGCUCCUCCCAGGGGCGCAUGGCAGUGCAGUGGCCAAGCAGCUGGGGGUUGGUGUGAGGGUCUCACUGAGUGGCCCAGGAGCAGGUGGCCGGAGGUCCCUUGCUUGUGCAAGACAACAUCUGAACCAGAUGGAGAGGGUUCUUGUCCUUCUUGGGCCCAGGAGGGGCCCUCUGGGUAUACGACAGAGGAAGCAGGGUGAGGCUUGCUUGAUGGCCCACUGAACGGUCCACAGAGUGGGCAGUGAUGCAUGAGGGGUCAACCUUGUCCCUCUGGAGCUGUUUGCAAUGUGGACAGAAAGGGUGGGGGGCCAGAGGGAAGGCCAGGCUGGGGGACCCUGUUUAUGCCUCCUAUUAGCUUUCCCAAAUUCCCUCUGCCCUCCACACUUGGGGACUACAGUCAGAGGCUGCAGGGACCACCUGGAACCUGGGUUGAAUUGUCUCCCUCUUGCUUGUUCCAACUCUCUUCACUUUGGGCAUUUCCUGAAAUCUCCCCCAGCAUGACUGCAACUCCGGACCAUGGACUUGCUUCCAAAGCCUCAGGCCCCGCCCCACCUCCCAAGCAUCUUUUGUAGGCUUGGGAUAGACCUUCAGCCCCACAGCACACCUGGCCUAUUUCCUGGUUCCCCAGACCUGCUACCCCCUUGUGCCCUCCCACCCCAUCAAUGCUGCAUCUGCGUCCCUACCUCCAGCUUCCUCCAGCCUCAGACCUCCUCUGGAUCUAGCUGUCCAUUCAUCUUUGUGUGGCAUGCCUUCCCCUUCACCCUGAGUCCAGAGCCCUGCUUGAGGAAAAAGACCAGGACUUCAGAAACACUGCCACCCCACCCCAGUUGGUUUUUAAUCCCACUCCCUUUCUGGAAACCUGCCCCACCCACCUAGGCCUGCCCCUCCACCCUUUCGGGGAGGCAGUCGCAGGACCCUGAGCCCAGAGAGGGGGGAGGAG